AAACUUAAACUUAAAGUAGAGGGCGCUGCUUCAAUUACACGUCGACCUCACUCACUGCAGCUACAAAUUGUCGUCUGCUGCGCGGAGUUGAAGAGGAAAAACGUGUUAUUAAACUGGUUCAAAAAUGGCCCCGGAGUUGCCAGAAGAUGCCGUGGGUGUGGACGACAUCGAUGGAAUGUUUGCUUUCUUGGAACACAUUGACUGGACGGAACCCUGGUUGAUCACACUGCUGCUAUUCCACGCUGUGUGUGCUGCGGUCACGGUCCUCACUAGAAAAUACUUCAAUGUGCAACUUGUCUACUUUUUCUUACUCCUCAUUCUUAUCUAUUUUUCGGAAACCAUCAACGAGUAUGCAGCUUUAAAUUACGAAUCAUUUUCAAAGCAGCAAUAUUUUGAUUCCAACGGUCUUUUCAUCGCGGUCGUCUUCAGUCUUCCAUUGCUCUGUAACUGCUUAUUGAUUGUGAUGAUUUGGAUGUAUCAGACAGCCCACCUUCUCGUCAAAGUGAAACGGGCCGAGAUCAGGCACAAAAGCAAACAGGAGGAGGCUAAAGCCAAGUGAGAAGAUGAUCAACGAAGGUAUCUUCUUCCUGAGAUAUUAUUUGAUUGUGCUUUGGGUCAGGUUUAACUUAUUAUUAUUAUUUUAUUGUGAUAAAAUUCUGUUCCUGAUGCUUUACCCUAUUAAACCUCCCGAACUCCAUUAAAACCCAUCCCUCAUUUUGAUGGAUUUUGGGGGACUUGGUCCUGCAGGCCUGGUGUGACUAAAUAUUGAUGGAGUAUGAUGGACUUGGGCCUGGAGGCCUAAAGCAAAGCAUGCAUUGGAAGCAGCGUUAUUGACGGAUUGUGGCGGACUUGGUCCAGUACUUAUAUGUGUAUUAGUAAAAGACAGUAGGGAGUUGAAGCCUUUUUAAGUGCUUUGGAGGUAUUUUUUGUCGAGUUUCUGUCGACAUUUUGGGAUGAGACAUUGGCAAGUUGUGUUGAAUAGGCCAAGCUCCCUCAAGUAAAAAACGGCAUGCACACGUGUUCUAUAGAAAACACAAAUCAUCUUCUGCAUAUAGUAUUCUCUUAAAUUUCAUACAUGUACAUGCAUUACAAUGUUAAAAAAAGGAACACACAUAGAAGUUCAGCUACAUGUUUAGAAUCAUCUUGUGAAAUAUUUCUUUCUUUUAUUGCGCAAACUCUUAUUUAUGCUUUUAACUUAAAAAAAAUACAAGAAGUAUUAUAAGUUGUGGGUUUCUUUUUAAUGAAAUUAAUGUACCAUAGUCAUGACACCAUAUCUAACUAUUCCCCGUAGUUAUUUCUAGUAUCAUAAUUAUUAUUGUUGUUAUUAUUUCUGGUACAGUUUUAGAGGUGGGAAGAAAACCUAAGAAUAUUCUAGGUAAAAACCCACGGAAUCAGGUACCGCUAGGGACUGAAAACCCAAUCCACAUGUUGGCCCAGGCGAGAUUCGAACCCAGGUCACAGCGGUGGAAGGCGAGGAAAGAACUGCUACGCCAACCUGACUGAAUCCAAAAUGGGGCUUAAACCAAUGUGAGUGCCAACUUGUAUGAUAAUUUUUAAAAAUCAUAAAACUUUUAAAGUUACAGUGGUAAAACAUACUUCAGGACGGAAGGGCUGAUGCAGCGAACAGCUGCAGAAUAAAUUCUGAAUUUCUGUA